UACAGAUUGUUUACAACAAAUUCCAUAUCCCAAUGAGACAUGCAAAGAGUGAAAUACAGUACCGAUUUUUAAAAAAAAUAUUUGAUCCGCUUUAAGAGUUUUAGUUCUGAAUAAUUAAGAAAUAGAAGGGAACAUUGUAAAGAUUUUAAUAGUUUUACGACUCUGCUUUGACGAAUUUGUGCUUUAAAUUACACAUUAAUAAGUGACUAAAAUUUGAUCCUACAAUUAUAGAGAUCAAAAUGCUGUUACAAGAUACGAAAAUCCAAUUGGUAGUUUUCAAAAUUGCUAUAUUAGGAUUGUGUAUUGUAUCAGAUGCUCAUAUAUUAGUUUAUAACAGAAACACUAAUAAGCUAAUUGAAGAAUAUAAUGACAUGCCAGCAGCAUUUGGUCCUAGUUUACCAUCUAGUGGUCUUAAAUAUAUUGGUAAACAGACAAAUCCUUUUCAAGGUUGUACAAAAAUUGACCCAAUUAAUAAAGGACGCUAUGCAAGCAAUUCCCAAUUUGUUGCCAUUAUCGAAAGGGGUGGGGAUAAUUGUUCUUUCGAGUUGAAGGUGCGUAAUGCUCAAGAAGCACGUUAUGAUUGUGUUAUUGUUUAUAACAACAAAAGUGAUGAUUUAGAACAAAUGAGAGCUGAAAAUUCAACUGGUAUUUAUAUACCCUCUGUAUUUGUUGGCUAUACAACUGGCUUGAGUUUAAUACUCCAAUCUGCGGAUGUAAUUCUUGUUAUUAACGAUGAACCACCUUUUAAUAUUAACACUCAACUGAUUUUACCUUUUUCAAUUUUAAUCGGUCUUUGUUUUCUUGUUAUGAUAUUUUACAUGAUUUAUAAGUGCGUACGUGAGGAGCGGCGUGUCCGAAGAAAUCGUUUACCGAAACGCUUACUAAAAAAGCUGCCAAUUUUAAAAUACACUAAGAAUAGUGAUAUCGUCCAUGAUACGUGUGUUAUCUGCUUGGAUGAAUUUGUUGAGGGCGAUAAGUUGCGUGUAUUGCCAUGCAGGCAUCCAUAUCAUAGUCAUUGCAUUGACCCUUGGUUAACAGAAAAUCGUCGCGUUUGUCCCAUAUGUAAGCGAAAGGUUUUUACGAAAGGCACGGCGAGAUCAAAUCGGAAUCGACAGUCUUCAUUGGAUAGUGUAUCGGAUACAGAUGAUGACACAACUCCACUAUUACAACCAAGUGGUAACACAUCGACUGUUAGAACGGCAACAGAAGUUAUACCAACAACACGCCAUGGUACAUUUACGCGUGAGAGUAGUAAUACAACUGUCAGCACUAAUUAA